GGUCCAAACCAGCAUUCACUCCUUCAAGGCCGUCAACACCUCUGCAACUCGGAAAGAAGCUAUAUACUAUCUGCCUUGCCCAUAGCUCUCCCUACCCUCAUGCAGAUUCUCGCAGUUACUCCUUCAUCUGUUGGUGUUUAUACUGAAGCUUUGCAAGAGCUCAUUGCGGAGGCACAGGGGCGCGACGGAUUUGAUGAGGUCUGCUGUGCCACACAAGCAGUUGACGGUACAGUUGCUGUGGGGAACCGCAAUGGGUUGUCAAUUGCCUCCUUGGGCGGCGUCCCAAGGAUCGUCGUUCAUGCAGAGAUUGCGGGGAUGGUCACGUCUGUAGCAUUCACUCAGGACUCAAGGUCUAUUCUGUUCGCUUCCUCUCCGCUAAAUGCUGUCCGGACAUAUAGCAUCCUAGAGAACAGGAUCACUCACACCGACACAGCGCAUCCAUCCAAGAUCACUGCUCUCGCCGUAUCAGCCGACUCUACAUACGUCUUGUCUGCCUCGUCAUCACCACCUACUGUCCAGCUCCAUAAUGCAGUGCUUGGAACUACGAACAAUGUACUCGUGCCUGCUUCUACAUCACCUGUGGUCUCUGCUGCUUUCCAUCCUUCAAGAAGACAUAUAUAUGCGAUGGGGUUUGCCGACGGGGUGGUCGCAAUUAACGACACUACACGAACCCGACACCUAUGUGUCUUUGACGGCUUGUUUCCGGCGAAUACACUGACCGGCUUGGUGUUUGCACCUGAUGCACAAAAUACUGUGGUUACCGUCGGGAGGAACGGGACAGCGCAUGUCUUGAACUUUGAAAGCCGAAAGGUCGAACGGACGAUAUCUGUUGGGGCACCUGCUACUUGCUUAUGUAUGAACGACGACGGAGCGCUCGCUGUUGGAACGGUACACGGACGUUUACUGAAAUUUGAGAGCAUGGACUGGCCUCCGCGCAGCCUCAGCGUAAGUCGCAAUGGCGACCCUGUGUUAUCUGUGCAGUGGUCGAGCACCCGGCCUACCGCACGAAACACGAGCACGCAUGGACGGACAGACAGUGUCUCUGCAAAAAUGAGGACGAGAAGUGCUUCACGAACCAGCGCUUCUGAUGACGAGGCACCUCUCCGCCCUCAACAGCAUGUACGUAGCAGGAGGACGCAUCGCAUUCAGGAAGAAGCAAAGCCCGCCUAUCUCGAUAUGUUUUCUCCGGUCAAGAAGGCACAGCCAGCGGUGUUCUCCAGGACCUCUCUGGAAGAUGAUGCGGCAAGUUCAGGGAUGGAGUCCACACCAAGUCGUCCAACAGCACUUCGCUCGCCCAGAAAAUCGACGCUGAUUGGAUCUUCUUUGCUGAGCAGUCGUGUCGGACGAAGUCAAAACCUAGAUCGAAUUCCUUUACUGCAAGCUACAAAGACGCCGAGCAGGGACCGUGCGGAAACUGCGCCAGAACCUAGCGAUGACGUCGAAAGUCUUGCAAGAUCACGGCCGUCUAGUGGAGAAGACAUGCUACGUGCUCUAAGACUCGAAGAGCUCAACCUUCUUGACUCUUCACCCCCGAAAAAAGGGUCCGGCUCUGGAUUGGCUGGUUCAGACCUCAGAAAGCCGUCAAAGACGAUAGCCUUCAACCCUGAAGACGACCUUCAGCAAGAAGUGAAGUCUAUAGGCCUGGAACGUGAAGAAAAGAAGUCCGUAUCGUGGGAGGCAGAAAGGGGAACCGAAAGUGCGUUGACGAGCCCAAAUGACAAGGACUACAGCAAAUUGUCCAUGCCGUCACAUCUACGCCCGACGUCUGGCACUGAUAGUAGAGAGACGCCAGCACGGCCUCCUCCGCAAAUUGCGGUUGCACCAUCUCCAGUAUCGCGAGAUGCGCUCACGGAAAUGCGUGAUAUUUUGCGGCGUGACAUACAGGCAGUGCAUGUCGAACUUCUGAGACAGUUCUCUAAGCGUGAUGGCGAAAUGGAGCAGCUACAGGCCGAGAAUGCGAGACUCGUUGCUGAGAAUGAGAGACUGAGAAAGGAGUUGGAGGAGAUGAGGAAUGCGGCGGGUAUAGCUGAAGUUCGCUGGUAUUGAUUCAUUCAGCUGAAUUCGAGGGAAAUCCAGGC